AUGUCAUUUCGUCUGUGCGUUACUGGAUGCGGUCGUUCAUUGGUCCCCCCUGACGGCCACAAUCACUGCAUCACGUGCCUGGGCGUUCAGCACACUGAAGCAGCUUUUGUGGAUAGUUCAUGUUCUCAUUGUGGGAACAUGACUAUUGCAGUGUUGAGAUCGAGACUCUCGUUCCUUGGUUCUCAGGGAGCGGGGGUCCCCUCCCCUAUGCCCCGUUCCGCCGUUUUCUAUGGUUUCGGCCGGGGUGACGGUGUGUCAGCGUGUAGGCAGGGUGAUCUGAGGAUCACAGUCAGGGCUUCCUCGCCGAGCGCCACUCCGCGGGCCCCUGUCCCCUCUACCUCACUGCAACCGGUGGUGUUUCUGACUGAGCGUGCUGGUCCCUCUACGGAGCGACCAGCCGUAUCUUUCGGAGCACCGGCGGAUGACCGUAUGUCGAUCGUGGCACCAGAAGGUGAGCAAGAGUCCUCGGGAGAUGAGGACUCGGCUGUGUUACCUCCCUCCGGGACCGUAGCGUUGUCCAAGCCCGAUCCUGAGUUGACGGCUAUGCUUUCCCGGGCUGCCGAGAAGGUCGGGCUCGUCUGGAACCCUCCACCCUGUCCCGAACCUUCUCGGCUCGAUGAUUGGUACCUCGGGGAGGCCCGCGCUGGUCCCCAGCGCCCCGCCCCGAUGCCAUUCUUCCCGGAGGUGCAUGAUGAGGUGACCAGGUCCUGGCGGACGCCCUAUAGUGUUCGUGCGAGACCUGGUCCCUCGUCCACCUUCACCAAAAAUGCAGAACAGUUAGUUCAUGCGUUCAUGACCUCAAGGCUAGAUUACUGUAAUGCUCUACUGGGUGGUUGUUCUGCUCGCCUGAUAAAUAAACUACAGCUCGUACAAAAUGCAGCAGCUAGAGUUCUUACUAGAACCAGGAAGUAUGACCAUAUUAGCCCAGUUCUGUCAACACUGCAUUGGCUUCCUGUUAAACAUCGUAUAGAUUUUAAAAUCUUGCUAAUUACUUACAAAGCACUAAAUGGUUUAGCUCCCCAGUACCUGAGCGAGCUCCUAAUUCAUUAUAGUCCUUCACGUCUAUUGCGAUCUCAGAAUUCAGGCCAGCUGAUAAUACCUAGAAUAUCAAAAUCAACUGCAGGUGGUAGAUCCUUCUCCUAUUUGGCACCUAAACUCUGGAACAAUCUUCCUAGCAUUGUUCGGGAAGCAGACACAUUCUGUCAGUUUAAAUCUAGACUAAAAACGCAUCUCUUUAACCUGGCAUACACAUAACACAUUACCAAUUUAUAUUUUCAAAUCCGUUAAAGGAUUAUUAGGCUGCAUAAAUUAGGUCAGCCGGAACCGGGAACACUUCCUAUAACACCUGAUGUACUCGUUACAUCAGAAGAAGAAUGGCAUCUACGCUAAUAUUAGUCUUUCUGUUUAUCCCAAGGUUUACCGUAGUCAACCGGAUCCAGGCCGUAUCCAGGUGAGAUUGAGGACCUACGCCUUGACACGACCACAACGCACCCCUGAAGUGUCAGCAGAGAUUGAGUCAACUAGAUCAUCCAUUGUGAAGGCCUCAUCGACACGACAGCCAGUGGCACAGUUCCUCAACAAACCAUCCAUACCGGCAUGAUGAAUACGAUGGAUUGAACUGGAAUAAAUACUUCGAAUGUUGCGAUCCUAUCGGACUUAUGAUAGCUACCUGAAUCGUAACAAAGCACUGUUUGCCAGAGGAGAACUGGCCCCCCGACUAAGCCUGGUUUCUCCCAAGGUUUUUUUCUCCAUUUUAACACCUAUUUGCCACCUGUUUGCCACCUGAUGUCACCUGUUGGAGUUUGGGUUCCUUGCCGCUGUCGCCUUUGGCUUGCUUAGUUGGGGACACUUGACAUUUGACAUUUGAUAUUCAACAGUGCUUUGCAUCUGCCUACAUUGACAGCAUUUUCAUUAAGAGCUGCUGUGCAGCCAAAAUUAUAUACCAUUUAUCACUGUAAAGCUGUUUUGACACAAUCUGCAUUGUAAAAAGCGCUAUAUAAAUAAAGGUGACUUGACUUGACUUGACCUAGUGUCAAAACAACAUAACAUAUUCCCCUUUUACUCAAGAACACUUUCACUUAGAAAUUACCAUAAGAACACCUAAAUCUGUAACUCAGUUUCUUUUCUUUGCAAAUCACUUCCUUUACUUUGAAUGCACUACUAAAUAUGGAAUUCAAGAAAAAUCCAAUA